AAUUUUGUGAACAACUGUUGGCCGAUCUACGCAUCACCACCAUCAUCAUCAUCGUUUUAAUCAAUUAGGAAUCAUGGGUUCAUAUCAAAGGAUUAUCAUUGUUCUUAUCCUAGUUGUUUGUUUAAUGGGACUAUCAGCAGGAAGAGGUGAUGGCACUGCUUCAAGAAGCCCCAUUAUUGAAGAAGAAGAAGAAGAACUUGAAAUUGAAUACAUCACUGUGACUGUCUUUGGUACAACGGACUUACCAGAAGAGAGCAACAAUGGUUCACCUCCUCCUACCCGUCAAAAUCUGACUAUGGUAACACCAGCACCUGAAAGCACAAAUGAAACACUUGCCACACCACAGAAUGUAACACCGAAUGUGGUGCCUAUCAAAGCCAGCCAAGCUCCUGAUUCAGUAACAACAAUGGAUAUAGACGUUGUAACAGAUGUUGGAACUGGCCCCUCUGCUAUGGUUGGUGAUGGCACUGGUGGUGGUGAAGAUAUGAUGAUGGCCACUCAAGGCUUAGACGUAACUUCAGAUGGACUUGAUGCAGCCACACUUCCAGUUGCUGGGGAUUUAGCGGAAGAAGGAACUACAGAAGCGAUUGAAGUGCUUACAGACAUACUAUCCAUCGUAACAGAGGAAACUGAAGACAUAAUAACUGCAACGGAUGAAUUACCAACAAGCAGACAAGAUGCUGAAAUUCUACCAACUAUUGUUGAGGAUACAGACAGUACAACUGCGCUGAUGCAAGAGAUGACUACAGCUUCAGAAAUUCUGGAGCCUGCUGUAACCUCUGUACUUGGAGAGCAUCCGACCACUCAGUUUGCAUCAACCCCAGAAAUUCUCACCACAGUGGAUCAAAUCACUUCAGCACCACAGUCUACUCCUCACACACCCCUACCACCUACAACACCUGAGAGCUCAACGACAGCCAUGCUCCACACAUCGCUACCACCUACAACACCUGAGCUCCACACAUCACUACCACCUUCAACACCUGAGAGCGCAACCACAUCUAUGCUCCACACAUCACUACCACCUGCAACUCCAGAGAGAGCAACCACAUCCAUGCUCCACACAUCACUACCACCUACAACACCUGAGUUCCACACAUCGCUACCACCUGCAACUCCAGAGAGAGCAACCACAUCGAUGCUUCACACAUCAGUACCAACAAUCACUACAAGUCAAGCUCAAACAACGGAAAGUGAUCAUACUGUCUCUCAUCAUUUGAAUCAGAUAUCAGCCAGUGAUUUGUCAUCAGAUGAGAUUGAUAACAUUGUGACACUCAAGUUCGGUGGUAUCACGUGUACUCCCCUUUAG